AUCGACUUCACAGUUCAAAGCUAUGCUCGAUGGCUCUUUUCAGGUCCAGAACAUUGUGAACACGGGAUCCUGCAAUUCCUGGUGCGGAUGAUUCUGAAGAGCUUCUUCAGGAAAUACGAGAAGUGGAAUCCAGUGCAUCCAACCUAUGGAGCCUUUUGGGGCAUCGGAGUAGGCGUUGGUUGCGGUGUUGGAUGGGGGCCUGGCUUUGGCCCUGAUGUAAUUGGUUAUGUUGGUGCUGGAUGUGGCGCUGGAUUUAACGUUGGUGUCACCCUGCUUGGUGUUGGUAUCGGCCUUCCAGCCAAUUAUCUUUUGACAUUUCCACGAAGUGCUUUAAUGGCCACAAGGAGCAAUGAAACUGAAGUUGCCCGAGCCAGAAGUCUACUAGGAAACAGAAGCAGCAGUGUCGGGGAUGGUUGGGGUUCCAUCCUAGAUAUACCAAAAAGUCCAUUUGAAUCGUUUCCAGGCUUCAAGAUUGGGAACUCAAACAACUUGCUUGAUGCGAAUACAAUGCUGGCUUCCAGUUCUAAACAUAUUGUUAGUUGUCUGCAAAGCUUUCGUCGGCGCUUGUUACCUUCAGAUAAAGGUAUGCCCAAAUAGUGUUAAAUCUGCUUGUACUGUUUCUUGUUUGAUUCUCCCAAGUGAAACAAAAUGAAAUAUCUUCUUCUUUCC